AUGGCGGCUGUGGCGCAAAGUCGGAUUCAAGAUGACGUGCAUCCACUCCUUCGACACCCCCGACCGAUAAAGAGAGAUCCAGCUAAAGCGCAACGCAUGCUAGGGCUGAUUGCCGACUCUGAAGAAAACUUCAAGGAAUUGCAGCGCGAGAAAUCUGUAACGACAAGAUGGCUAGAAAGGCCAAUGUACGAACAUCUGGAGAAGUCCAAUGUCGAGUCAGAAAGAAAGGAGGUUGGCAAAGUGCACGAGUACGAAAAGGAGUCUUCGCCUGUACAAGAAGCGAGUAAAGAAGAGGUUGCAGUAAAAGAACAAGAAGAGGAGAAUGAUGCAGACCUACUCGACCGCUGGACAAACCCAAACCGACCGACAUCAGUUAGAGCGGAAGCCCUCCAGGGCUUGGUCGAACCAAAGACGUUGCUCGACACCUCCUUCGCCAAGAAACGACCGCAACCGCUCAAUUGCCCACGGCCUAUUUCCUACAAUGCACAGCAUCUCUUGUCGCCAGAAUGGACAGCAUCACCGUCUACCAUGAGCCCAAACACGCCCGCUCAAUCAACCUUGUCACACCCUGACCACAUUCCGGCAUCGAGCAUCGCUUCAUCGCCCAGUAGCGUAUAUUCUGAUAGGAUCGUGCACCAACAGCCGACAUGGGCUGCCCCUACUAAUCAGAUUCCCACACGCAUGCGAGCAGAACGCCCUGUAUCAUUUCAACCUCAGAGUUCUCAGCCGCUUGGUAGUCCCCAAGCAGCGCAACGCCCACGUCCGACGUCUUUCGCGACGUAUCACCAGAAAAAUCGCUCCAACACCAAGAUAGCAUCCUCGCGAGGACUACGAAAUAAUAGCUUUCCCAACUUGUCAACGGCUCAGGCGAUUGGUUCAGCGAAAGCAGUGCCCGGGGAACAAAUGGAGAAUGAUGUGGUAUACAAUCGAUUUGCGGAUGACGAGGUUGGACCACCCACACCAUCAUCACCCUUUCCAACAUCUCCAAUGCAUACUGCAGUAACGUUUACUGAGCAGGAGGAAGAAGUGAAGGUGGAAAAGAAGCAAAAGAAUAGGUGGUCGGCCAUACCACAAACAUUCAAGAAACUCGCAGCAAGGCGAAGAUCGUCUGCAGCAAUGCAAGAAAGACCAACAUUCGAGGUCAAAGUCGACAACCCACACAAGAUGAAUCUGACCGAAGAAAAUCUGGCCUGGUACGAACAGGAAGUCAACCACAUCCCCAGUACUCCAAGGAGCCGUCUCUCAGCAGUUGACCUUGUCCCCACCCCAGCAUACUCUCCUACAAACAUGAGCCAGCCAUCGUCCGCACCACAAACAAUCAGCAGCUCAAAACAAAUGGCUCCUUUGCCCCUCCCCUUCGCACCCUGGGCCGCCGGCGCACCGCCCAGCCCAGCUGCAACCGCAGACCGACGUCGGAGCUCUGGCCAAUCUUCCCUCUCCCCAAACCGAAACUCCAUGCUGCACCACCACCCAUCAGCCGAGGUCGUACCACAAGCACUCCGCCCCGCCUCCUCGUACUCGCACCGCAGCAGCCUUGUACUCCCCUCCCCACCCUGCUCAGCCACACAUCCCUACCAUCAACACCAGCCCCAACCCGCCACGUACUCCGCUCCCGCCAGCCCCCGUUUAACCUAUUCGCGGCUGGGCACGCCAAUCCCCCACCCUACUUGUAUUCUGUGCAAGACGUCCAAGCCCUCGUAUGAGUUUGUCGAUCGCAGGAUCACGGCAAACUGCUGGCAUGAGCCUGCCACCUGUCUGGGCUGCAUGCAGGCCUGGAUUCAGAAUCUCGCGCAUACACAGGGCUGGGAUCGUUGUGCGUGUCCCGAGUGCGGAGAGGCGAUGAGUGCGGAGGAUGUUGGGGCUUUUGUGGAUACGGGGAGGUAUAUGCGCUGA